GGGAUAUGUAUUCACUUAGCAUUGACUGUUGGGAGGGGCCAAGGAAAAGCUGUAGUUUUAUUGAAUAGGGCUGUGUGUGAGGCUGCUGGUGUGCCUUUCUUGCUGUGCUCCUGCCCAAGCAGCCAGUUAUUCAUUUCCUUCCUACUAGUUGAAAACUUUUCAGCCACAGAGUGAUCACCUCUAUUUUCUGGAGUCACCAUUUUGAAUUUAUCAGCAGCUGGUUUGCUACUGAAAAGCUCAGAAUAUUUCCUCUGGUUGCCUUCCUAUUUGGAUACUUCCAGAGCUCUGAACGCUUGAACACCCACCAUGGAUGACUUUGAACGCCGCAGAGAACUCAGGAGGCAAAAGCGUGAGGAAAUGCGCCUUGAAGCAGAGAGGCUUUCCUACCAGAGAAACGAUGACGAUGAGGAAGAAGCCGCCAGAGAACGUCGCCGACGGGCUCGACAGGAGAGGCUGCGGCAAAAGGAAGAAGGAGAUCUAUCAGGAGAAGUAACGGAGAAAUCAGAAGUUAAUGCCCAAAACAGCGUGGCAGAAGAUGAAACCAAGCGUACUACAACCACAGGGGGAACAGAUGAUGAAGCUGCAUUGUUGGAGAGGCUGGCAAGACGGGAGGAGAGACGCCAAAAACGUCUACAGGAAGCCCUGGAACGUCAAAAGGAAUUUGACCCCACGAUCACAGAUGGAAGCUUGUCACUGCCCAGCAGGAGAGAAGUAAACAAUGUGGAAGAAAACGAGACCACGGGGAAAGAGGAAAAGGCUGAAACACGCCGAGGACGCUAUGAGAUUGAGGAAACUGAAAUGGUUACCAAAUCAUACCAAAGGAACAACUGGAGGGAAGAAGGGGAAGAGGAGGAAAAAAAAGAAGAAAAAGACAAGGAGGAGGUACAGGAGGAGAAACCGAAGGAGGUCCCCGUAGAGGAAAAUCAGGUAGAUGUGACAGCAGAAAAAUCCACAGAUAAAGAAGAGGUAGCAGAAACAAAAAAUCUAGCUAUAAAUGCAGAGGAACAGAAAGCAGAGAAUGAUACAAAUGCUGUGCCGGAAGGGGAGCAGAGUAUAACCAAUGCUGUAGAUAAAGAGAAGCUUAGGGAUGAGGAAAAGGCUGAGGAAGAAAGGAAGAAAGCAGAAGAAAAGGAGAAACUUGAGGCAGAAGAAAGGGAGAGGUUAAAAGCAGAGGAAGAAAAGAAGGCAGCUGAGGAAAAACAGAAAGCAGAGGAGGAAAAGAGGGCAGCUGAGGAAAAACAGAAAGCAGAGGAGGAAAAGAGGGCAGCUGAGGAAAGAGCGAGGGCUAAGGCAGAGGAGGAAAAGAGGGCAGCUGAGGAAAGAGCGAGGGCUAAGGCAGAAGAGGAAAAGAGGGCAGCUGAAGAAAAGGCUAAGCUAGAAGCAGAGAAAAAAAAGGAAAAACAAAAGAUGGAAGAAAAGAAAAUAGAAGAUAAACAGGUAAAAGAGAAGAAAGUACAAGAGGAAAAACCUCAAGCAGCUUUCCUAAGAAAACAGGGGGAAGAAAAAGAGGUUAAAGUGGAAGCUAAAAAGGAAAAGUUACCAGAUGAGAAGCUCCGACCUACCUCCAAAAAAGAUCAGGUAAAAGAUGACAAGGAUAAAGGAAAAGCACCCAAAGAGGAAAUGAAAAGUAUCUGGGAUCGUAAGAAGGGAGUUCCUGAACAAAAGGCGCAGAACGGAGAACGUGAACUCACUGCCCCAAAACUUAAACCUACUGAGAGUGCUUUUGGCCGCUCCAAUUUGAAAGGGACCGCAAAUGCCGAAGAAGUGAAGCCAGGGUCUCAGUUUGAGGCUGGAAAGCGGCUAGAAGAUCAGCGUCGUCGUCGAGGUGAGAAUGAGGAAUUUGAGAAGCUGAAGGAGAAGCAACAGGAGGCGGCGGCAGAGCUGGACGAACUGAAGAAAAGGCGGGAGGAGCGCCGGAAAAUCCUGGAGGAAGAGGAGCAGAAGAAGAAGCAGGAGGAGGCUGAGAGAAAAGCCAGAGAGGAGGAGGAAAAGAGGAGGAUGAAGGAAGAAAUUGAAAGGAGAAGGGCUGAAGCUGCUGAGAAACGUCAAAAGAUGCCAGAAGAUGGCGUAUCUGAAGACAAGAAGCCAUUUAAAUGUUUCAGUCCUAAAGGUUCAUCUCUCAAGAUAGAGGAGCGAGCAGAAUUUUUGAACAAAUCCGCUCAGAAGAGUGGUAUGAAACCCACCCACACGACAGCAGUUGUCUCAAAGAUUGACAGUAGACUUGAGCAAUACACCAGUGCAAUUGAGGGCACAAAGGCUGCAAGACCAGCUAAGCCAGCAGCCUCUGACCUUCCUGUUCCAGCCGAGGGUGUCCGUAAUAUCAAGAGCAUGUGGGAGAAAGGGAAUGUUUUUUCAUCACCCUCUGGGACAGGAACACCAAAUAAGGAAACGGCUGGACUGAAGGUUGGUGUCUCCAGUCGUAUCAACGAGUGGUUAACCAAGACCCCAGAGAGCAACAAAUCACCUGCUCCAAAACCUUCUGAUUUAAAACCAGGAGAUGUAUCCGGCAAACGUAAUCUCUGGGAGAAGCAGUCAGUUGAAAAGUCAUCUUCUUCUAAGGUAUCAGCUAUCGGGAAAAAAUCAGAGACUAAUGGUUUGAGACAAUUUGAGAAAGAACCGUAG